AUGGCGGAAGGAUUUGUCCGGGAACAGUCGUCGGUAGAUGGCUCCAGGAGUCUGGACACUUUCGUACUGGAAUGUCCUAUCUGUCUGGAACAGCUGCGACACCCUAAAUCUCUCCCUUGUCUACAUUCAUUUUGUGAGGAAUGCCUUGGUAGCUUCAUCACUAAGGAAUCGUCAGGUAACAUGGCGUCGGCGUCUUCUUUCUCCUGUCCUGUAUGCCGAAAGGUCACCGAGCCGAUGAACCUGUCAGAAGACAAGGAAAGUUGGGCCGGACAGUUUCCUACCAACAAUCUGGCAGUCGAAAUGAUUCGACAUUUACAAAAUACGAAUACGCUGAUCACAUGCAAGCCCUGUGAGAAGAAAGGGAACACGAAUGUACCGGCAAAGUUUUGGUGCCAUCAAACCAAAUCUUACUUCUGUGCUACCUGUAAAGUCGGCCAUCAUGACCUGUUUCAUGAGGAAUGCGAACCCGAAAAUAUCACAGAAUGGAAUAUAUCAGAUACGAUCCGAAGGCAGACGUCGGCUCCUGGAUGUGGAAAACAUAAAGAGAAAAUAGAGUAUUACUGUGAAGAUCAUAAGAUUCUUGGGUGUAACAAAUGUAUCAUUGUCGAUCACCGGAAGUGUGAAGUGGUGACAUCAGUAGAUGAUUUCCGGGACAAACUGACACCUUCGACAUUCGACAAUCUUUUUGAAGAGCUUCGGAAAAGCGCAGACGCCAUGGAAACAUUGAUAAACGAUGUCACAGAACAGCUUCAGUCCAUGACAAACGAUCAAGACAUCGCGCUACAAUGUUUAACUGACCUUCGCAAAAAGAUUAACGAACGUUUUGAUACAAUUCAGAAAGAGCUUACAGAUAAAUUGAUGGCAUCCUUCAAGGAAGAGAAAGAAAAUCUGGAUUUAUCGAAACUGAAAUGUGAAAGAUUGAUGUUCUCUAUGCUAAAUACGCUGACGUCAUCAACGGAUGCCGCCUUGAAGGACGAUUCCGUGGGGACGAUAUGUCUGUUCCAGAGAGGACAGGCGGAGGUCGAGUCAUGUAAGGAACUCAUAAAGGAGUUGGAAAAGUCGUCCAGAUCUACCAGUCUGAGACACGAGUAUGACCCCGACAUACUGGCCGUCGACACCAAGACAAGCCUUACCAUGGGAAAGAUAGUCGUUCAUCAACAAAAAAGGAGAUUACCAUCUACUGUGUUCCGUACCUCAUUGUCUGAACGUCAGAUGAAGAUGACGGAAAACUUAAACAUCAAAGUUCCCUCUGACAAAAAAGACUGUUCUGCAUAUGGAGUUGUUCUCCUGUCUGGUGGUCGUAUUGUCGUGGGAGACCAAGCAAACAACAAAGUGAAGCUGUUUACUGAAAACGGGGAUUUUCAUUGUGAGAUGGGACUGAGUGAUUUGCCUUGUGACCUUUGUCGUAUUGAUGACAAUACUGUGGCCGUGAUGCUGGUGAAAGUUAAAACCAUCUGUGUUGUCGCUGUUGAGGAUUUAACCUUGACCAUCUCAUCGGAAAUCCUUAUUCCAAACAUUACUGAACGGUGUCCUGGUGUCGCAUACAUCAACAAUAAUUAUGUAGUUGGUACAUCAUCAUCACUUUAUGUUGUACCAAAAGAUGGGGGUCAAGCCACAAAACUUCAUACAGUUGAAUCAAGAUGUCUGCAUCUCGCCAGUAAUCAGAACAAUGGGUACGUGUUCGCUAGCAUAAACGAAUCAACUCCUGACAAGGUGGCCGUGACACGACUGUCUGACAAGUCCAUCAGAAACGUAUUGAAGGUCGGCACGGUGAAAGGAACAACAGGAAUAGACGUAGACAGAGAAGGUAACGUGUAUGUUUGUGGAUGUAGAUCAAACAACGUCAUACAGAUGUCAGAGGAUGGAACCAACGUUAGGGAACUGCUGACGUCGUCAGAUGGUAUCAAAAGUCCGAGGGCUAUUUCCGUGUAUGGUGAUAAAGUAGUGAUCACAAAUGAGUAUUCAGACCAACGGAAUUUUAUUCACAUGUUUCAGCUCAUUGAAAUGGCAACACAGAAAUAAGGAGAUUAAGGAACAUUUUGUGGAUUCCGAAGGACAAUAGAUGAGUUUGUAUUAUUUAGCUACACCUGAUUCAUUAACUAUUUUUAUAAGUUUUGUCGCAAUCUGUGAAUAUCAGUAAUAUAUCAUGCAAUAUGAAUCCAUGAAACAUCAUAUACUGUGGAGAAUUUUCAAUACAUUGUAAUUUUAUUUGAUACUUCAAAAUAGGUAUUUGCGUCUAUGAACUGUGGAUUUAGGUUAGAGCAGCACAUAUAUUCUUAUAACAACACAAAGAACAAAGAAACUAUAGAAACUAUUGUUAUUAGUUAUAUAAUGUUAUACCGUCAUUUCCCGUGUAUUGCCCGCCCGCCCGCACAAACCAAAAUAAUGGUUUUAUAAUUUAAAAUCUGCAGACAGCCCGUUUCUGUUCAUUGCCUUUGAGGUUUUCGCUGAAUAAUAGAGCACACGUUCUCACAAUCAGGGGAAUCCCUUGCUGUAUGUGUAUUCUACUCAUAUUUGAUCAGUGUUGCCUUGACACGUGAACGUAUUACUGAAUCUACAUUACCAUUCAUAUUUAUAUACAUAGGUACCAUUCAUAUUUACACACAUCGGUACCAUUCAUAUUUACAUACAUAGGCAAUAUUCAUAUUUACAUACAUUGGUACCAUUCAUAUUUCGCACUUGAAAAGCAAGUCGGCACCUAAUAGUACACCAGAGAAACAUACAAAAAGGUAAAUUGGAUUUGACAAGUAAUGUAUAGCCCGCAGUGUAAUUUUUGGGGGAUACAUUUUGUCAGAUAGUUCGCUUCAACAGAUAGCCCGCAGAAGGCAUUUUUUUGUGUUUUAGAUUGUAUAGAUCAUACACGGGAAAUUAUGAAAGUCUUAAUAGUUAUAUUCUCAAAUAAGUCAAAAUCCCCUUUUGAAAUGCGUUUUGGCCUGUCGUUUUAGCUCUUACGUAAUAUGGUAUGGUGCAUGAGGGGUCGUUCGUCCGUCAACUUUUAGUUCUAGAAAAAUAAAUAAAUAAACUGGAUAUAUUGCCAGGCAGUAGAUGAGGCAGAGAUCUCUGAAAUUAAUGACCAUGACCUUUUCUUAAGUCAAAGCAGCCAAAUAGCAAAAAUUUCAUUGAGAUAGGUAUUUCUCAAGUGCUAGAAAACCUAGACGACUGAUAUUUUGCAAGAGGAUACAAAUUGCAGGGUGCUAUUAAGUUUCUUCAUAUCAAUGAUAUUGAUCUAUCUUCAAGGUCAAUUAAUAAAAAAUCUCCCUUUGAGAAGUUUUUUAAGAUGUGGGAUACUCAUAUUUCG